AUGGAUGACUUUCACGCGGAUGUUGAUGGUGAUUAUUUUCUCGCCGAGAUCGAUAUAAACGAAACGUUAACCACCGAAAAUUCGGCCAAUACAUGCACAGACCACCUUCCGGUGCCACAAUCCUUUCCGGAUUUCCCUUACCCCAACCCAUAUCCGCAGCAACUCGCCUUAAUGCGCGUAUUGUACGAGGCGGCGGAACACGGUCAUUGCGCCGUACUGGAAAGUCCUACGGGUACCGGCAAAUCAUUGAGUCUGCUAACCGGUUCGAUUCGUUGGUUAUUAGAUCACAAUGAACGACAAAUGCGCAAACUGAAUACACUCACAGCACAGAUGAAACGUUUGAACGCCUCAGAUAUGCGCGCCCAAAACGAUUGGAUUGUUGCCUACGAACAAAUUCGAUUGGAGAAACGUAAUUUGGUACCGGAAGUGGAAGAUCUCACUCAGAUGCGCACCUGUCUUGACACGAUUCAACAACUUAAAUCUACUCUACCGUUACAGUUACGUUUGCUGUCUAAAGCGUGUUUGGAAGAUCAUCACAGGAAGUCUGUUUUGACCGAUAUUCGUCUCUCCUCANCUCUCCUCACAACAGAACGUUACUGCACGCGUUUAUCUGCUCUGACAGCGCUUCGAUUACGUCAACUAAUCCACAUGCUCCGACGACUUCAAAUGUUACUGCUAUCGUCGAGUCCGAACAAGGAACAAAAGAACAAGGAGACUGUGGUUCCUGUCAACCAGAUGCUGUCACGAGCCGGUGUGGACAAUAUUAGCAUCCAUGAAUUGGUCGCAUUCCUGCGUCAGAAGCAUUUUAUUCACAAGUUGACCGGUUUUGCCAAAUGGAUAACCUCCAAACAGAUCAGUUUGAAUGAUGAGAAUGACACAGAUCACUCGGCCAGUCAUGUCCCGUCAGGAAUGACAUCUCUUUUGGCGGGGAUGAAACGCAAACGGUCGGAUGCUGUGGAGAAUUCUGUCCAGGUAAGUGUCGUUGAUGGUACAGAUAAUACCUUACCUUGA